AUGGCCCAGCCCUACCCCCCCGCCCAGUACCCGCCUCGGCCACAGAACGGCGUCCCCGCCGAGUUCGCCCCGCCCCCGCCGCACCCCACCCCGGACUACCCGGGCCAGACCCCGGUGCCCCCGGAGCACGGCCUGACCCUGUUCACACCAGCACAGACCCACCCCGAGCAGCCGGGCACCGAGGCCAGCACGCAGCCCAUGGCGGGCGCCCCCACAGUGCCGCACACAGACGAGGCGGCCCAGACGGACAGCCAGCCGCUCCAUCCCUCCGACCCCGCGGAGAAGCAGCACCCCAAGCGGCUCCACGUCUCCAACAUCCCCUUCCGGUUCAGGGACCCCGACCUGCGGCAAAUGUUCGGGCAAUUCGGGAAAAUUUUAGACGUGGAGAUCAUUUUUAACGAGCGGGGCUCCAAGGGCUUUGGGUUUGUCACGUUUGAAACGAGCUCAGAUGCUGACCGAGCCCGGGAGAAGCUGAACGGGACCAUCGUAGAGGGACGGAAGAUUGAGGUCAAUAACGCCACGGCCCGCGUCAUGACCAACAAGAAGUCGGCAAACCCCUACACCAACGGCUGGAAGCUCAACCCAGUGGUAGGCGCUGUCUAUGGGCCUGAGUUCUAUGCAGUGACGGGGUUCCCCUACCCCAGCACGGGCACAGCCGUGGCCUACCGGGGCGCGCACCUGCGGGGCCGGGGCCGGGCCGUGUACAACGCGUUCCGGGCAGCGCCGCCCCCGCCGCCCAUCCCCGCCUACGGAGCGGCGCUGGAGCAAACGCUUGUUAAAAUGCCCGUCCCAUGGGCAGGCCUGGCACCCUGCCCCCUCCCUCCGCAGCCUCCGGAGCCGGCCCGCCCCUCUCCGGCCUUCCCUCCACUCUCUUGUCCGUUUGCUUCCAGGGUCGUCUAUCAGGAUGGCUUUUACGGUGCUGAGAUUUACGGAGGCUACGCCGCCUACAGAUACGCCCAGCCGGCUGCCGCCGCUGCCGCCGCCGCCUACAGCGACAGCUACGGCCGAGUCUACACCGCUGCCGACCCCUACCACCCCCCCAUCGGCCCCACGGCCGCCUACAGCAUCGGGACCAUGUGA